AUGGACGGUCCAAGAGGAUCAGUGGACUUGGGAGACUCGAAUCUAGGAGAAUCGAAUGCUACACUCGCACCAAACACAACUGAUAUCACGGCCAAACUACAGGAAGUGCGCAUUGAAGAAGAUCUGGAACAUUUAGGCGACAUCAAGCAACAAUACGCAGACCUUAAUGUAACUGAUGCCGAAGUCAAGACCAUACUUAAAAAACUGGAUUGGACAAUCCUUCCCUUUUGCACGAUUCUUUAUCUAUGGUCAUUCCUCGAUCGGACAAACAUUGGGAAUGCGAGAUUGGUCAACUUUGAUACCGCAACUGGCCGUGGAGACUUUGAACGUGAUACAAAUAUGAGUGGCUCAGAUUUUUCGUGGGCGACGAGUUGCUUCUUUUUCAGCUAUAUAAUAUGUGAGGUACCAUCAAAUCUAAUGCUGAAGAGAGUUUCACCAAGCAAAUGGAUGUCGAGAAUCAUGAUCACAUGGGGAUUCUUUGCUACUAUGAUGGCCGCAACCACAUCUUUUGCAUCCGUCAUUGCUGUACGUGUGCUACUGGGAGCUGCAGAAGCGGGUUUGUUUCCUGGACUACUCUUUUAUUGCAGUUUCUGGUACAGACGACGAGAACUUGCUUCUCGAAUGGCGCUUUUCUACUCUGGCGCGACUCUCGCCGGUGCAUUUGGAUCCGUGAUUGCAUAUUUAAUAACACUAAUGGAUGGAGUUGGUGGCUUGAGUGCUUGGAGGUGGAUUUUCAUUCUAGAGGGCCUACCGACAAUAGUGGUUGGUGUAGCUACAUGGUUUUUACUGCCCGACUUCCCACAUACAGCGAAAUUCCUCACUAAAAGAGAGAAAGCUGUGCUUGUUGCCAGACUAAAGCUUGAUGAUAUACACUCACACGAUCGAAGCUUCAAUGCUUCUGAAUUCUGGCAUACCGUAAAGGAUGUCAAGACAUGGUUAUACUGUAUCAUGUACAUCACGAUUGUGAUUCCAUUGUAUACUUUGAACUACUUCUUGCCGACGAUUGUAAAGUAUCUUGGAUUUGCUUCUGUCUCAGCACAGUUAAUGUCAGCUCCCCCCUUCGCGUUUGCGUGCGGGGUUGUAAUCCUGACAUGUUUCGGAUCCGACCAUGUGGGCCUGCGCUACCUAUUUAUGAUCGUCCCAGCACUGGUUGGAUGUCUAGGCUUCCUGCUUCUAGCAAACGUGCGUAAUGCCGGUGUCUUGUAUUUCGCCACGUUUAUUGCAGCUGCUGGAAGUUAUAUUCUGGUGCCCAUCGCAAUAUCGUGGCUGAGCAAUAACAUUAUUGGUCAGACGAGGGGAGCGACUGCUAUUGGAAUGAUGAUAGGAGUUGGGAAUAUAGGAGGGAUUGUAGCAGGUUUCGUGUACCAGACCUCUGAUGCCCCUUACUUCUUCAAGGGCCAUAUGGCGAACGUCGGCUUCCUAUUGAUAUCAGCGACAUUCGCAACCAUUAUAUUCUUCUUCCUGCGAGCUGAAAACCAGUUCCGCAACAAGCAAGGGUAUCCAAUCGAUGACGGCAAGGGGGAAGUCAUCAAACAUGAAGAUGAUAAAAGAUUUAGAAAUCAAUUGUAA